GCGUCGUUUCUGCUUUGAAGACGUGCUCGCUUUAUUUUGAAGCACGCAGGAUAAACUUGUGCUGGAGAAGGAUAACGGGCUCGAGUGAUGGAAGAGGAGCCGGGCCGGUAGAAGCGGCUCUGAGGAGCAGCAGUCAUGGGCGAUGAGCUGCUGUCGGAGGACGACUUCUUGUUGUGGUCUGAAAAGGAUUUUCACGAUGCUGCCAAAAGAAAUGACACAUGGAAAAUGCAAGAACUCAUCAAGAAGGGUGUGGACGUCAAUGCCAAAAACAAAGUAGGCCGAAAAGCACUGCACUGGGCAGCAGGAGCUGGGAAUGAACAGGCUUUGCGUCUCCUACUGGAGCAUGAUAUGGACAUUAAUGAGACUGACAGUUUUGGGAUGAAUGCUCUGCUUCUGGCAUCCUGGUUUGGUCACCUAAACAUCCUACAGAUCCUGGUGUCCUGUGGAGCCAAGCUCAACUCUGAAAACAAAGAUGGUCUGAAUAUGCUGCACUGUGCUGCUCAGCGAGGACACAUCAGAGUAUUGGAGUUCAUCUUGGCGCACCUAGAAGGCAUCAGUCUAGAUGGAGUUGAAAAGUCAGGGAAGACAGCUCUACACCUAGCUGCUGAACAUGGACAGCUUGAAGCAGUUGAAUUUCUGAUUGGAAUGGGUUACAUGCCUGGUUUGAAGGACAAGAAAGAAAACACGCCUAUGCACCUAGCAGCAAGGAAAGGGCACGCAGAGAUCCUACAGAAGAUCCUAGAGACUGGUGUCAGUGUGGAUAAAAGGAAUAUAGAUGAUCUCACACCAUUGCACACGGCAGCUGACGGAGGUCACUAUGAAUGCGUUAGACUUCUGCUGGAUUCUGGCUGUAAUGUCAAUGCACAAACUAAUAGAAAAAUGAAUGCUCUCCAUUAUGUGGCACAGCAUGGUCAUGACAGAGAGGCCAGCUUGCUGCUGAAGGCAGGAAUCAAUGUAGAUGCUAUAAACAAUCAACACUGCACACCACUCCACCUGGCUGUUUUCAACAAUCACACAAAAGUUGUACGAUUGCUUAUCGAUGCUGGCAGCAACCUGAAUGCCACUGACAUUAGGCAGCAGACCGCACUACACAUUGCCUCAGAACAUGGCUGGCAUGACCUGGCUGAGAUGAUGCUGAUUUCUAGAGUUAGUCUCAGUCUAACUGAUAAGCAGGGAAAAACAUGUCUGGAAGUGGCAGCAAGAGGAAACCAUGUCGUCCUGGUGGACAUGAUAAUUAAAGCUGACCGUUUUUCUAAAUGGGAGAAGGACCAUCAGCCAGAGACACAGCACUUCCGUUCUGUCUUAUGGACCCUCGCCACAAAGCAUCUGUGUUAUGGGGAGUGGAAGAUUCUCGCUCAGCAUUGGGACUUUAGUGAAGCACAUAUACAAGCUAUAGAACAACAGUGGACAGGUAAGAAAAGCUUCAAAGAUCAUGGUCACCGGAUGCUGUUAAUCUGGCUUCAUGGAGUGCUCGUAGCUGGAAACCCUACCAAAGGCCUCUAUGAGGGGUUGGUGGAAAUCUCCCGACAAUUUGGCAGGCCCCCUGCAUCCCAGACCCCAAACCCCAAGACCCUCACACCAACACUAGUUCACUGGAUCUAA